AUGAUGUCUGAUUUUGGUAAAUACAAAAAAGCAGAUUUAUUUCAAGCUAUGAAAAGAGCAGGUGUACCUGUUGUUAAUAAAGAUACUAAAAAAAUAUUAUUAGAAAAACUUGAAUCUCACUUUAAAUCAAAACCAGCUCAAGUUGUAAUAAUUCAAAACUUUUUAGAAGAAAAUGGUAGUGGGUUAGUUGAAGGUGAAGAAAUUACUGUAAUUGAAGAUGAAGUUGCUGCAAAAGAGGAAAUUCCAGUUGCAAAUGACGCGGGUGAUGAUGAUGAAGAAGAAGACGAAGAUGAUGAUGAAGAUGAUGAAGAUGACGAUGACGAUGACGACGAAGAUGAAGAUGAAGAUGAAGGCGAAGAUGAUGAAGAAGACGACGACGAUGUAGUCAUUGUCCAAGAUGAUGAUGCUGAAGAUAAAGAUUAUCAAGCUCCACCACCUUUAAAUCUCAAAGAAUAUAUUGUUGAUCCAAUUAUAACUCAUUCAGAAAAUUUAAUUGAAAAAUUUUAUGAAAUAACUGAUUCAUUUGGUUUCUCGACGUUAGAAACAACUGAAAAAAUUAGAGACCAUUUAUCAUCAUCAGUUACUUUAAAUAAUUUAGAAAUUUCAUUUGAAUUUUUAAUUUUCGUUUACAAUUUUAUUUAUAUUGUUCCAUUAAAUGAAAAUAGUUUAAUUCAUCAAUUUUUCAGAGAUAAUAUCCCAAUUUUUAAUUCAACUUAUCCAUCAAUUGAAAUUUCAGGGUUAUUUAAUGGUAAAGCUAUUACAACUUUUACAAUUUGGUUAAUCUCUGCAAUUAUUUUACCUUCUACAAUUUCAUAUUUUAUUAAUUUUACUUCAAGAAUUAUUGAAAUUGAAGAUGAUGAAUAUUUAUUUAGAAUUCAUACUUAUGAUCCAUUUAUUUUUGCACUUGCUAAAACUUUAAUUUAUUAUUUUGUUGGUCAAUCAAGUGUAAUUAAUUUUUCAAAACAUGAAUGCUUUUGGUCAAGUUUACAAAAUAAAAUUUUAAUGAAUUUAGGUUUAUAUAAUACUACUUUAUCUUCAACUUUAGGGUCAUUACCUUAUAUAUUUGGUGGUGUAAAUAUUUUAAUUGCUUUAUAUGCACAAUUUGAAGAAUAUUAA